UUUUGGGUUGCUCUCUGUCGUCGUUUGUUGUGGCUGUUAAAUUUUAAACUGCCAUGCACUCCACUUCCAGUAUGCUGGGAGCGGUGAAAAUGGAAGGCCAUGAGCACACGGACUGGAGCAACUACUACGGGGAGCCCGAGAGCUACUCCUCGGUGAGCAACAUGAACGCGGGGCUGGGCAUGAACAGCAUGAACACGUACAUGACCAUGUCGGCCAUGAGCACCACGGCCAACAUGACGGCCGCCACCUCCAUGAACAUGUCCUACGCCAACACGGGCAUGAGCCCCUCGCUCGCCGGCAUGUCCCCGGGCGCGGGGGCCAUGCCCGGCAUGGGCUCGGCCGGCGUGGCGGGGAUGGGCGCCCACCUGAGCCCCAGCAUGAGCCCCAUGGGGGGCCAAGCGGGCUCCAUGAACGCCCUGGCCCCCUACACCAACAUGAACUCCAUGAGCCCCAUCUACGGGCAGUCCAACCUGAACCGCUCGCGGGACCCCAAGACGUACCGGCGGAGCUACACCCACGCCAAGCCGCCCUACUCCUACAUCUCCCUCAUCACCAUGGCCAUCCAGCAGUCGCCCAACAAGAUGCUGACGCUGAGCGAGAUCUACCAGUGGAUCAUGGACCUCUUCCCCUUCUACCGCCAGAACCAGCAGCGCUGGCAGAACAGCAUCCGCCACUCGCUGUCCUUCAACGACUGCUUCCUCAAGGUGCCGCGCUCCCCGGACAAGCCGGGCAAGGGCUCCUUCUGGACGCUGCACCCCGACUCGGGCAACAUGUUCGAGAACGGCUGCUACCUGCGGCGCCAGAAGCGCUUCAAGUGCGAGAAGCAGCUGGCGGCCAAGGACGGGGGCGGCGCGGGCGGCGGCGCGGGCGGCGGGGGCAAGAAGGGGCCCGGGCAGCCCCCCAGCCAGCCCCUGGGCGAGGGCAGCUCCUCGGGGGGCUCCGAGGGCUCCGGCGGCGCCGAGUCCCCGGCCAGCGCCUCGCCGUGCCAGGACCACAAGCGCGCCCUGGCCGACCUGAAGGGCCCGGCGGGGCUGAGCCCCGGGGAGCCGUCGGCCUCGCCGGGCCAGCACCUGCUGGCCCCCCCGCACGCCGGGCUGCCCCACGACGCCCACCUCAAGCCCGAGCACCACUACGCCUUCAACCACCCCUUCUCCAUCAACAACCUGAUGUCCUCCUCGGAGCAGCAGCACCACCACCCGCACCACCACCACCACCACCACCACAAAAUGGACCUGAAGGCCUACGAGCAGGUGAUGCACUACUCGGGCUACGCCUCGCCCAUGCCCGGCAGCCUGGCCAUGGCGCCCGUAACGAACAAACCCGGCUUGGAGUCCUCCCCUCUAGCCGGAGAGACUUCUUACUACCAAGACGUUUGCAUCCCUUCGGGAAGCGGCAGCCGUGUGUCUCGCGGGCCCGUGCCAAGGGCAGGCGUGUCGGUCACUCCCCCCCCCCCUUCCCCGGCCCAAAGCCACCCGGGGGGGGCUGCGAUUCCCUCGGUUUGCCUUGUGGGGUGGUUCGUUUCGGUGGGGAGGGCGGGUUGGGGGGCUCGGGGGUGGGGAGAAGGGGGUUCUCUCGGGCUUAUUUUUAUUUUUUUUCGUUGUCGUCGUCGCAAGGAGGUAUAAAUAUAUCUAUUUUUCUGUGUGGAAGUGGCGGGGGCAAAGCAAAAACCCCCACGAGGAAAACGGAACCCUCCUUCAUUGUGAAACCCGCGCUAGUUUGGAAUCCGAGGACCAAAAGUCUUGUAACGUUGUAAAAAGGGGGGAAAGAAGGGGGGAGGGGGGAAGAGAAAAACAAUACGAAAAAAUAAAUAAUAAUGAUAAUAAUAAUAAUAAUAAAAUAAAAAAAAAAAAGGCAGGAUAGAUCGUUGUAAUUGAAACAAACGCUUGAUGUUACCGGGAGAGUAAACUACUUGGAUCUGAUUAAUUUAUCGUUUCUGUAUGCUUUAUUUAUGGCUUAUAAAUGUGUAUUCUGGUAGCGACCGGCCACAUCGCCGCAAACUCCAUUAAAGUGUUAUUGGCGGUU